ACAUGAACGAUAUACCACUGCCAGCAUGGGUUGGAAUCAGACCCACAGCUAUUUCAGCACUCUCUGUCCUACCUAUCAUCUUGGUCUCUCUCUCUCUCUCUAGCCAAUAAACAUACAAAAAGCUAAAUCAGAUUGUGGCUGGGUAUCAAUCCAUAAAGAUGCUCUCCUCCCUUCUGCCAUCCUUCCCCUAAAUCUGAGAUGGCUUGUUUCUGUUACUGUCACCUAAGGGGAUUGAACAAAGGGCAAAGGAAGGCAGCAAGUCAUUGAAAUGAAACGCAUCCUAUUAAAUAAGGGUUGUCUCUCCUCCCUCUAGCCCCCGGCGGCUCCGACCAGCCGUAACUACACAGAGAUCCGAGAGAAGCUCCGGUCCCGUCUGACGCGUCGUAAGGAGGAGUGUCUUCCCCAGAGACGGGACUCUGACCCGGCCGUGUCCACCUCCAUCGACCACCGAGACGUGGACGAGCUGCUGGACUUCAUCAACUCCUCAGAGCACAAACCAGCCAACAGCGCUAAGGCUGCCAAGCGGGCACGCCAUAAACAGAAGAAGAAGGUGAUGUCACAUGAUGUGGAGAAGCAGACCCAGGCGGGUAGUGGUGAUGGUGAGGGAGCUGGUAGCGACCCCCCCUCCACCCCUCCAGAGCCCAGUGAGGACCCAGACCACCUCAGCCUGGAGGAGGAGGAGGAUUUGGAUGGGGAGUACGGUGAGGGCCCGGAGGCUAGUCGGCUGCUGGAGUGGCCCCAGCUGGAACUAGAGAGGGUCAACUCCUUCCUGACCUCUCGGCUAGAGGAGAUCAAAAACACCAUCAAGGACUCUAUCCGGGCCUCGUUCUCCAUGUACGACCUCAACCUGGAUGUGAAUGACUUCCCCAAAAAAGCGGCUACUCUGGAGGGCAACCAUCUUCUCUCCCACCUCAACGGCUCCUCCUGUUCUGACCUGCAGCAGAUAGACCUCGACCUGGCCCCUCUCUCCCUGGGUACCUUCAAGAGCCAUCUGGACCUGGUCAGCGGCUGGGAGGAGGCCCAUCCCCGGGACAACUCCCCCAUCGGCCCCAUCUCACCCCCGGCUUGUGCUACUGUACCUGGAGUAGGGGGACCAUGGGCUGCGGCUGGUACUGGGGCGAAGGAUGUUCAGAGGCUCCACACCACCCCCAGCCUCUCCAAGCUGAUCCGGGUGCGCUCCCCAGAGAGGUGCCCCUCUGCUAGGCCUGAGAAUAAACACCAGGCCCCUGCUUCGAUCCAGACCCAGGCCUCUAUUAAGGUAGCUAAGCCUAAAGACGAGACCCUAGCGGAGCUCAAGAACAUUACUACUCCUGGGUCUGGGGUUAAUGCUGGGGCUGGUAAGAACAUUACUACUCCUGGGUCUGGGGUUAAUGCUGGGGCUGGUAAGAACAUGACUACUCCUACUCCUGGGGUUAAUGUUGGGGCUGGUAAGAACAUUACUACCCCUACUCCUGGGGUAAAUGUUGGGGCUGGUAAGAACAUUACUACUCCUGGGUCUGGGGUUAAUGUUGGGGCUGGUAAGAACAUUACUACUCCUGGGUCUGGGGUUAAUGUUGGGGCUGGUAAGAACAUUACUACUCCUGGGUCUGGGGUUAAUGUUGGGGCUGGUAAGAACAUUACUACUCCUACUCCUGGGGUUCAUGCUGGGGCUGGUAAGAACAUUACUACUCCUGGGUCUGGGGUUAAUGCUGGGGCUGGCAAGCUGAAGAAGGUCAAGAAGCAGCAACGUCAGGACCAGCUGCCUCCAGAACAGAACCAGAUCAGACCCGGAUCCAAAGCAGCUGUGGAGUUGCAGAAAACUGUUUCCAACAGUUCUAAUGCUGUGGGUUCUAAGGCUGGUUCUGGUUCCAAACCACCACCUCACUCAGCUGAGAGCCAGAGAACCGGGGCAAGGAGGGCAGAGGAGACCAGACCCACCCGGCAGCAGGCCACCAACGGGACAGUGAGUAGCUCUGGUGCUCCCAGCACCCAAAGAGGGAAGGGGGAGGAGCAAGAGGCCAAAGGUCACUCUGUCACCUCAACCAAUCACAACCAAGCCCAGCAGCAGCAGCAACCCAAGGGGAAGAAUAAGAAGAACAAGAACAAGGGAGAGAAAACCAGCCGCAACAUCGACGAUGUGUUCCUCCCUAAAGACGAUGUGUUCCUCCCUAAAGACGUGGACCCAAAAGAAAUGGAUGAGAUUGAUCGUGAGGUGGAAUACUUCAAAAGGUUUUGCCUUGACUCUGCUAAACAGACCCGUCAGAAGGUUGCAGUAAACUGGUCCAACUUUACCCUCAAAAAGGUUCCUUCCAACGCAGCCCAGUAACUGACGGGUUCUAGAAUGCAGAACCCCCCCCCCCAACACAACUAUGUCCAUACAACCGCGACGGCCUGAGGCCUUCUCUCAUUCCCACUCUUCGUCCUCCUCCUCGUUUUCCUCACCAAGCCAAGGGACCCUGGUGCAACACCAUUUUCCAUUCAGGACUGCGAUACUGCGUUGCUAUUGGCUGACAGCCAGGGAUCAUUCACACACAGGGGCGACUGAGACUAGACUUUGCUGUUUUGCAACGAGGGAGAAGAGAUCCAGGUUGAAACAUGGAGAACUGACACCCUUCUGUUUAUCAGAUCUAAUCUACUGUGUACUUCACUAUGUAGUAUGGAAAACAGUUACCUUAUACAAUAAAAAAAUUGUUUUUAUUGCAA